ACGCACUGGCGCUCACAUGCAGUGGCAGGUCAAAUGCCCCCACUUCCCUUGUGACACCUCUGCUGGCGAAACUGCAGUCAGCCUUUUCUUGGAAUAUGUCCAGCUGACGUGGGAUUCAGCGCAAAGAAUCUCUUUCCAUUUCGCUCAGUCUUGUGUUGUUCACUUCCACGUUCUGCCUUUCUGUGCGCUCCUGCUAUUGCCAUAGAAGACCCUGCUCUACAUUUAUUUUCUGAAAUGUCAAAAAUUUCCUGUUGCGUUUUCAGCAAUCCAGAAUAUUGAGCUUACAGGUUUGUAGCAGUUCAGUUCCGUAUGCUACUUAAUGUCGCGUCUAAUAUUAUAAAAAAAACGACAUUUAUCCAGGAAUAGUUGUGCGGAGCACGAGGUCAGGUGCGCCGUCAUUUUCUCAAGGAGGCCUUGAUUCGUUGCCGCUAUUCCGCCGUAAAUCUGUCUAACCGAAAAGGCUACUUAUCAGGCAUUAGAGAAAUAGCUAACUACUAAAACGCCGUCACACCUCCGCACAGAUGGAGGCCGUCCCUCCAGGCGCAGCAGCUCGGCUCGUCCCGUGCACCGAUCCUGCCAAAGCACCGCAACCCGAGCUCGGCACGCGCGAGAGCAUUCAGAGCAUAUGGGACGACGAGCUGAGCCGCGCGAAAUGCGCCGUCCAUGGCGGGGACUGCCAGGGAGGGGACGGCGGAUGCGCUCCGUCUCUCAGGAGUUCUUCGGGGGAAGCGUUGGAGGGACGUGGUGGCAGUGGGGGAGUGCCACGUGGCGUUCAGCAGCUGUUGAACGAAGCGUUUGCUGCCAUCCCCGUGUCGUCUUUCCCGCUUCCGCCACGCGGAGAAGUGGUCGAGAUCUCAUCUGACGCGUCCAUUCUCGAGGCCGUACGCAUCCUGUCCGUCCAUCGCAUUCUCUCCGCCCCUGUCCGCAACGCCAGGCUGACAGGCGCAGCAGGCGGGCCGGACGGAGGGCAGGGGGGAAGCCUGGGGGCAGAGGCGAGUGGGAAGAUGGCUGAAGGCAGAAAGGGAGGGGGAGGAGUAGCGGGAGGAGAAGCAGGAGGGGGAGGAUUAGGGUUAGGAGCGCAGCUGGGGUGGUCUGAGCGGUAUCUAGGCAUGGUUGACUAUGCAGGAGUCAUGAUGUGGGUGCUGCAGCAGGCUGACCUGGCAGCUGCCACGCUGGCAGCAGGCACUGCAGCGCUGACAGGUGUCGGCGUGGGAGUGGUGGGAGCGCUGGGAGCUGCAGCAUUGGGGGUGGGGGGCGCGCCGUUGGCAGUGUCAGGGGUGGCAGCAGCAGCGGUGGGGGCGGCGGUGGCGCGGGGGUUGAGUGAUAGGAGGAAGCAGGGGGGGAGGGGGAGCGGUGCUGCUGCUGCUGCAGCGGACGCCCUUGGCACGGACUUCUUUCAUAUGAUCACUGAAAACGAGCCGUUCAAGUCAGCUACAGUGGCAGACAUUACCCGCUCCUACCGCUGGGCGCCAUUCUUACCGGUGCAGCCCAACGACUCCAUGCUCACGCUGCUGCUGCUCCUCUCGCGCUUCCGCAUGCGCUCCGUGCCAGUUGUCGCGCUCGGAUUGGCCCCCCCGGCCCCCCGCCUGCACAACCUCAUCACCCAGUCCGCUGUCAUCCGCGGCCUCGCCAGGUGCCGUGGCUUUGAUUGGUUUGACGUGAUUGCAGACAAGCCCCUCAUGGACCUGGGCCUGCCCAUUUUGGGAGCAGAGGAGGUUGUGUCAGUGGACGUAGGCGCAUUGGCACUGGAGGCGUUUCUCCUGAUGAAGGAGAAAGGGGUGGGCGGCGUGCCGGUAACGGACGGCCCAGAUCGCAUCCUGUACGCCAACAUCAGUGCAAGGGACGUGGGGCUGCUGCUGCUGCACCCAGACAUGUUCCACUCGAGGAGCCACCUGACUGUGCGUGACUUUGUUGACCGCUGCAUCGCCCUGCAAGCAGCGGAGAUUCAGGUGCCACCUACUUCCUCCCUUGACAUUCCUGACCCCGCAGCAGCAGCUGCUUCUACAACUACCACCAGUACCACUGUUACCAACCUAGCCCCCUCUAGCGGCACACCAGCUGAAGUCACUGAAAGGAGCGGCAGCAGCAGCAGCGCGGACAGCAGCAGUGGUGCUGUGGUGGCGAUGCGGCCGGCAGUGACCUGCAGGCGCACCGACAGCCUUGUGUCGGUGAUAGAGACGCUGGCGAGGAUGGGCAUGCACCGUGUGUAUGUGACGGAUGACCACGGCCGGCUGCAGGGCGUGGUUACAUUACGCGAUAUCAUCUCACGGUUUGUUUUGGAGCCGGAGGGGUACUUUGAUAAUUUCCUUGGGGACAUGGCCCGCGCAUGGGAGUAAGACUCAGUGAGGAAACAGUGUUAUUGCUAUGCUGUGUCUACACAGUAUGGCAGAGAGCCAACUUCGUCCAUACAGUAUGACGAAGGGUGCUUAUAUGCAGUGACCUUGCUUUGACAAGGAGAGACAU